AUGACUGAUAUUGACCGCCGCAGUAUGACUCGCUGUGAAGCUACCCGUACUCGAAACGAGGUUGGAGUUCAUUGUGCCGAUGAAUCAGGCGAGCUUGGCGCUGCCAAAGGCUUUACGUCUUUCAGGGUUUGCGCGGGCCCUCUCAUCACGGCUGGCGCAUCAGCUGCCCUGGGAGGUGGUGUGGUCAAGGACAGGCAAGCCGACCGAAGUCAUGAUGGGCGCCGUCGAGCCGUCUUCUCGGAGUCCCCAUGGUUUGGGAACGCGGCCCAGCACGCGUGCCAGAUAGAGGAGAUCAUGGACGAGUUGGCCCGCCACUUCAACGUCGACCUCUGCAUCCUGACGUGGAGGGCCCACGGCGAGCUUUGCUUCAAGGCGGGCUCCCUGGUGGGCACGAUUGACGUCCCCCGCACCUGGGAGUACAGGCACGGGCACGAGUACCAGCUCUACAACCACACCAUCCCGUGGGCGCUGCCCGUCAUCAUCGAUGACGUGCAGAAGGACGAGGUCCACAGGAGGGUCACCCUGCCGCCGCCGCUGCCCGGGGCUGCCCGCUUCUACGCGGCCGCCCCCCUCCUGCGCGACGGGGCGGAGUUCAUCGGCACGCUGUGCAUCGUGGACUCCAGGGCCCCACGCUCCAACUUCAGGCUGGACGACGCGGGCGCCCUGGUCGAGAAGGCCAAGCAGCUCGUCGCGGUCGCCCAAGAGCUAUUCGACUCUGACGGCGCCCGAACGUAG